AUGCGCAGAGAUCAAGUGGUGGGACUUACACUGGACCAACAGGAAGCGAAUAAUAUCACGGUCAUGGAAUGGAGCGCAAGUAGUAAGGCCAUUGAACAGUGUCUGGCUAUGGGACAGAGUGAAGGAACACAGAUCUUGUGCAAGAAUUACGUGAGGAUCCUGGCCAUCCAGAGAAAAGAUGAUCAGCAGACGACGGUACUGGUUUGUGGGACUCAUGCUUUCCAGCCCCAGUACAGGAAAAUGGGAGUAUCUCAUCAUAAUGGAAAAUGGAAAUGGAUCAGUGGGCCAGAAGAAGGGAAGGGAUUGUGUCCAUUUCAUCCAGGAUAUAAUGCCACUGGAUUUUUCGCACAAGAUAAAAGGCUCUAUGUGGGAACGGUGCUUGACUUCGGAGGAAUCGAUCCAGUGAUCUAUCGAAGGCCUCACGAAGACGACGAGAAAGAUCAUCCUUUGCGUACCGAACAGUAUGACCUCAAGCAGCUCAAUGAACCACAUUUCGUGAACUCUAUGGAAGACGAUGAUUACGUCUAUUUCUUCUUCCGAGAAAGAGCCUGUGAAGUUUUUCAAUGCGGGAAGGUGCCGGACCCCCGACCUGGUAGCACUCUAGUGAAUGACAGUACGCUACUAUCUGAAUAUGCUGUCAAUUUCAUCAAGUUGUAUCCAUUCAUGUAUGACCAUGUUCAGCCGAUCUAUCAAGAGCCCAUCUUCGUCCUUUCUCAAGACGAGAAUAAUGCUCGAUUGAGCCGAAUUGUCGUCGAUGAGAAUAUUACAAUAGAGGAUGGGGGCAUUCGUGAUGUCAUUUUCGUCGGAACAGAUGACGGAAGAGUGCUAAAGAUUGUCUACAAUGAAGAUGAGGCUGCAGAGAAAGUGAAUGCAGUCGUGGUAGAGGAAUUGGAAGUGUUUGGUAAUGCGAAAAGGGUGGUAAAUAUGUAUCGCUAUCGAGAAGAGGGGGAACCUGCAAAGAUCGUCGUCAUCGGAGAUGAACAGAUCAAGGCCUUGCUUGUUCAUCGUUGCGAUCUCGUCAAGUCCUGCAGUGACUGUGUGAAGCUUCAAGACCCUUACUGUGCAUGGGAUACGAUAGACAAUCAUUGUGCUAAAGUGGGCAAUGGAAGUAAUGAAAAUAAACCCUUCCGCUACGUCCAAGAUGUCCGUUCUGGCAAAAACUUAAGAUGUCCAGAGAUAAUGUCGCAUUUAGGGAAUGCGGGCGAAAGCAAAGGAAUGAUACUCAAUGCCAUCUCCGAGGACUCCGAGCCAGCAAGGAGGCCCCAACGUAAUGCGACAAUCGUGGGAAGCCGUUUGCCAUCUCACUCGGAGUCAGAUGGAUUGCUCACGUCACAAAAAAAUGAAUUGUUCUCUGCUGGUCCGAUGGCAGCGACCGAAGGAAGUUUGGACGAAAAUGGGAAGAUUUUAAUCACAGCCGUUGUUUGCUCAGUCGUCUUUCUCAUGGCGGGAUUCCUCGCUGGGUUCCAAUUCAACAGACAAUGCAGAACUGCACCAGACAGCUACCCAGCUCUGGAAAAGUGA